CUGCCGCGGAAUUGGGGGCGGAAAAUAGAGAUUUCCCCCUGAGUUUUCCCGAGCUUGCGUGCGCGCAGCUGCAAACAAUUUUCCAGCACGCUUUUCCGAAUGGUGGGACAAAUGGCCAGCCGCUGGCAGAGUCGUUUGUUGCCUGUUCGCGUAAUGGCCACCCUCGAAAAUCACCAGAAGUUUUAAAAACCAAACAAAGGAAGAUCAUUUAAUUUCCUGGGCGCGGUGACCAAUAAAAACUGUAGAAAAUAAACCCAAUCGAGUGCAAUAAUUACUGAUUAAAUCGCUGUGACUGUGGAUUGUGCAAGGAAAACUCUGGAAUAGGAGUAUCAAUUUUUAGGGAGUUACCUUUCUGAAGUUAACCGGAAACCAGGACACCCACUGAGAGGCAGGACAAGAUGUCGUCGGUUAAGGUGGCGGUGCGAGUGCGCCCCUUCAACUCGCGUGAAAUAGCCAGGGAGUCGAAAUGCAUCAUCGAGAUGGCGGGGGCCACCACGGCCAUCACCAAUCCAAAGGUGCCGCCCAACACAAGCGACUCGGUAAAGCGCUUCAACUUUGACUACUCCUACUGGUCACAUGAUCACCACGAUGCCGAUUUCUCCACACAAUCGAUGGUCUACAAGGACAUUGGCGAGGAGAUGUUGCAGCACUCCUUCGACGGCUAUAAUGUCUGCAUCUUUGCCUAUGGCCAGACUGGAGCUGGAAAGUCAUAUACCAUGAUGGGCAGGCAGGAGGAGCAGCAGGAGGGAAUAAUACCCAUGAUAUGCAAGGAUCUAUUCACUCGUAUUCAGGAUACGGAGACAGAUGACCUCAAGUAUUCGGUUGAGGUCUCAUAUAUGGAAAUCUAUUGCGAGCGAGUCAGGGAUCUGCUGAAUCCCAAGAACAAGGGCAAUCUGCGUGUGAGGGAGCAUCCCCUGCUGGGUCCCUAUGUGGAGGAUCUGUCUAAAUUGGCCGUCACCGAUUACCAGGACAUUCACGAUCUCAUUGACGAAGGCAACAAGGCUCGAACUGUGGCAGCCACCAACAUGAACGAAACCAGUUCCCGUUCCCAUGCCGUCUUCACCAUCUUCUUCACCCAACGUCGUUAUGAUACCAUGACCGAUUUGACCACAGAGAAGGUCUCCAAGAUUAGCUUGGUGGAUUUGGCUGGCUCGGAACGAGCUGAUUCUACCGGUGCUAAGGGAACCCGCUUGAAGGAGGGAGCCAACAUCAACAAGUCGUUGACCACCUUGGGCAAAGUUAUCUCAGCCUUAGCGGAGGUGUCUGCUUCCAAGAAAAAGAACACCAAGAAGGCAGACUUCAUUCCCUAUCGUGAUUCGGCCUUGACUUGGCUGCUACGCGAAAACUUGGGAGGUAACUCCAAGACAGCUAUGAUUGCAGCUAUCUCACCAGCAGAUAUUAACUAUGAUGAAACUCUCAGCACCUUGCGCUAUGCUGAUCGCGCUAAGCAAAUUGUUUGCAAGGCUGUGGUCAAUGAAGAUGCUAAUGCCAAGCUUAUUCGCGAACUCAAGGAGGAAAUCCAGAAGCUUCGGGAUUUACUCAAAGCCGAGGGCAUCGAGGUGCAGGAAGGACCCGAUGGCAAAGUGGUGUGUGAGAAGCGCGAUACGAAUAAGGACGAGCUGAACAAGUCCACGGUGAUCAAGUCGUCGCCCACUAAGACACGUAAUCGCAAUGGAUCCACCACGGAGAUGGCAGUGGAUCAGCUGCAGGCCAGCGAGAAACUCAUUGCAGAACUCAACGAGACUUGGGAGGAGAAACUGAAGCGCACUGAGGAGAUUCGUGUGCAGCGAGAGGCGGUCUUCGCCGAGAUGGGCGUGGCCGUCAAGGAAGACGGCAUCACAGUGGGCGUAUUCUCACCCAAGAAGACUCCCCAUCUGGUCAACCUCAACGAGGAUCCCAAUCUCUCCGAGUGUCUGCUCUAUUACAUCAAGGAGGGAUUAACCCGCCUGGGAACCCACGAGGCGAAUGUUCCCCAGGACAUUCAGCUCUCCGGUUCGCACAUCCUCAAGGAGCACUGUACUUUUGAGAAUCGAAACAGCACGGUUACCCUGCUGCCGCACAAGGAUGCCAUUAUCUAUGUAAAUGGACGCAAGUUGGUUGAACCGGAGGUUCUGAAGACCGGCUCUCGAGUGAUCCUGGGCAAGAACCAUGUGUUCCGUUUCACCAAUCCGGAACAGGCACGCGAACUGCGUGAGAAGAUCGAGACCGAGAAUGAAGCGGAGAACGAGGUGGAAAAGACGGACACCCAGCAAGUGGACUGGAACUUUGCCCAGUGUGAAUUGCUAGAGAAGCAGGGCAUUGAUCUCAAGGCCGAAAUGAAGAAGCGAUUGGACAACCUGGAGGAGCAGUACAAGCGGGAGAAACUCCAGGCCGAUCAGCAGUUUGAGGAACAGCGCAAAACCUACGAAGCUCGGAUCGAUGCCUUGCAGAAGCAAGUGGAGGAGCAAUCGAUGACCAUGUCGAUGUACAGCAGCUACUCCCCGGAGGACUUCCACCAGGAGGAGGAUGUCUACACCAAUCCCAUGUACGAGUCCUGCUGGACAGCUCGUGAGGCUGGUUUGGCUGCCUGGGCAUUCCGCAAGUGGCGCUACCACCAAUUCACCUCUUUGCGAGACGAUCUCUGGGGCAAUGCCAUAUUCCUCAAGGAAGCUAAUGCUAUAUCCGUUGAGUUGAAGAAAAAGGUACAAUUCCAGUUUACUCUCUUGACUGACACCUUGUACUCCCCUCUGCCACCUGAGUUGGCCUCCAGUGUGGCUCCUUCGCAUCAGGACGAUGAGUUUGGAGCACCUCCAGUGUCCAAAACCUUGGUGGCCGUCGAGGUCACCGAUACCAAGAACGGGGCCACUCAUCAUUGGUCCCUGGAGAAGCUACGCUAUCGCCUCGAGCUGAUGCGACAGAUAUACAAUGUCGAGAGCCCGCCAUCGUCCAUGCUAUUCGAUACGUCCGGCAUGGAGGCGUUGAGCGGAUGGAUCGCACCACCCAGCCAUGAUCCGCACCCCGGCCAGCAGCCGCAGCUGCUCCCAGUGGAGCCACCAGUCGAAAGCGAACGGGGCCGACUCACAUUGGCCAAUCUGAUACCGUCUAGGCAACGUUUGGAGCUGAUGCGAGAGAUGUACCACAACGAGGCCGAGAUGAGUCCCACUUCGCCGGACUAUAAUGUAGAGAGCCUCACUGGCGGCGAUCCCUUCUACGAUCGCUUCCCCUGGUUCCGCAUGGUGGGUCGCUCCUUCAUCUAUCUGAGCAACCUGCUCUAUCCAGUGCCAUUGGUCCACAAAGUGGCCAUUGUCAACGAGCGGGGAGAUGUGCGUGGCUACCUAAGGAUUGCCGUGCAGCCCGUUCUGGAUGAGGAGUCCAUUGACUUCAAUAAUGGUGUCAAGCAGUCGGCUCGUUUGGUCUUCAACGAAGAUGAUGCCAAGCCCAAGUACCGAGCUCUCAACGAAAAGGAUGACGUACAGCGUUAUAUUGACAAUGGUGGUUUGGACAGCAAGAUGGAGGCAGAACUUGAGGAUGUGGACUCUGGUCGCGGUAUUGACUCCAACUCCGCUUCCGAGUGCCAUGAGAAUGCCGAAGAGCCCGGCGAGCACUUGCAGGUGGGCAAGGAGUUCACCUUCCGUGUCACCGUUCUCCAGGCCACUGGCAUUGGCGCUGAAUAUGCCGACAUCUUUUGUCAGUUCAACUUCUUGCAUCGUCAUGAGGAGGCUUUCUCCACCGAACCGGUUAAGAAUUCCGCAUCGGGUGCUCCCCUAGGCUUCUACCAUGUGCAGAAUAUUACUGUACCCGUGACCAAAUCCUUUAUCGAGUACUUGAAGACUCAGCCCAUAAUGUUCAAGAUUUUCGGCCACUACCAGACGCACCCAUUGCACAAGGAUGCCAAGCAGGAGUUCGUUUCCCGGCCACCACCACGUCGCAUGUUGCCACCCAGCAUUCCGAUUAGCCAGCCGGUGCGUAGUCCCAAGUUUGGACCACUGCCCUGUGCGCCCACGUCCACGGUUCUGGCCAAGCACGAUGUUCUGGUUUGGUUCGAGAUCUGUGAAUUGGCUCCCAACGGAGAGUAUGUGCCAUCGGUGGUGGAGCACAGCGAUGAUCUUCCCUGCCGUGGACUGUUCCUCUUGCAUCAGGGCAUCCAGCGGCGCAUUCGUAUCACCAUCGUCCAUGAGCCCACAGCAGAGGUCAAGUGGAAGGACAUCAACGAGCUGGUGGUGGGACGCAUACGCAAUACUCCGGAGUCAUCCGAUGAGCAGGACGAAGACGCCUGCGUCCUGUCCUUGGGUCUGUUCCCCGGCGAAGUCCUGGAGGUGCCCGGAGACGAUCGGUCUUUCUACCGGUUCGAGGCCGCCUGGGACUCCAGUCUGCACAACUCGGCGCUGCUCAACCGCGUCUCCCAGGGCGGUGAGACCAUCUACAUCACGCUGAGCGCCUACUUGGAGCUGGAGAACUGUGCCCGCCCGGCCAUUAUCACCAAAGAUCUGAGCAUGGUCAUCUAUGGACGCGACGCUCGCACCGGACCGCGCUCCUUGAAGCACCUGUUCUCGGGACAGUACCGCAAUCCGGAGGCCAAUCGCCUGACCGGAGUCUACGAGCUGGCACUGCGCAGAGCAUCCGAAGCAGGUAGUCCAGGUGUGCAGAGGCGCCAGCGUCGAGUGUUGGACACCAGCUCCACCUAUGUACGGGGUGAGGAGAACCUGCACGGCUGGCGGCCAAGGGGUGACUCGCUGAUCUUCGACCACCAGUGGGAGCUGGAGAAACUUACCCGGCUGGAGGAGGUUGGUCGCAUGCGCCAUCUUCUGCUGUUGCGCGAACGUCUGGGCAUGGACACCAAUCCCAAUCCGACCACCAAGACCGAGAAGGAUGUGUGUAAUCUGGCCGCCCGGGCAGCCACCUCACCCGUGCACAUGGUCAUUCCACAAUCGCCGCAGACGCCGGUCAAGGAUCCGCAGCAAAUCAUUCCAGAAAGGGAGUACAACCAGAGGGAGCAGGACCUGAUGCUCAAGUGCUUGAAGUUGGUGCAGGGACGCUAUACCAAGAGCGAAGCCAAUGAUACGCAAACCCAAUCGGAUGUUUCGCCCAGCGAUGAGGGAUGUGCCGACAUGACCGUCAGCUGCAUCUCCAGCAAUUCCAUGGAAAACAACAAAUUUGUAAUUCGACGCAGAUUAUGUUCACCGGAUCGGGCUGAUGCCCCCAACGGCUGGGAGGCACCUGCUCCGGCUACCCAGCCGGCUCUGCCGCUUCGUCUUUAUGUGCCGGAGCUGGAGGAGAUUCGCGUGAGUCCUGUGGUGGCCCGCAAGGGUCUGUUGAACGUCCUGGAGCAUGGCGGUUCCGGCUGGAAGAAGCGCUGGGUGAUUGUCCGUCGCCCUUAUGUGUUUAUCUACCGCUCGGAGAAGGACCCUGUGGAACGGGCUGUCCUCAAUCUGGCCACUGCCCAUGUGGAGUGCAGCGAGGACCAGGCGGCCAUGGUUAAGAUACCCAACACUUUCAGUGUGGUUACCAAACAUCGUGGCUAUCUGCUGCAGACCCUUGGCGAUAAGGAAGUGCACGACUGGCUGUAUGCCAUCAAUCCCUUGCUGGCUGGCCAGAUCAAAUCCCGUUUGGCUCGACGAACCUUGGAGCCGGCCAGCCAGACGGCCUCCCAGAUCCAGGCCACCAAUGCGGCGAAUGCCAACAGUGCGAGCAAAUGAGAUACGAUCACGAUGGAGUCCGUUUUGGUUUACUGAGACGCAGGCUAUGGCUGGCUGCAGCGCCUGAAUAUCGCCCGACGACUGGUCAGGAGGAGAUCUCAACCAACGACUGGGGCAGCAGCUGGCAACUGAUUGAUAUAGCUUGGAGGAUUCCAUCGGGAGUUGUAGGAAACAGAUGAUUGUUGCUAGGGCAAAGCUGAGGAGGCAAAUCGAAAUCGAAUGAGAAAAUCACAGAUUAUGAGAUGAGAUUAACCAAAUGCAAAGCGUACGUAAUUAUUAAGUAGUUCAACAACCAGUUUAUCGAUUAUUAUGUAUUUUGUGAUUAGUUGGCCACGGCCCAAUGAGUAGGCAUUAGCAGCUCCGAAUAGAUACGAUAGCCUACUUUUUAGAACCCGUUUCGGUUAAGUUUUGGACAAUUUUGUAAAUAGCCUUCGUUUGAUUCGAUUGUAUAAAUAUUUGGUAUUAGUUAAAGAUCGUUUAGUUUGAGUUCCCACGUGAUAUUAUGUUGAUCAGUUAGAGUAUGUAUUAUUUUCUCAAGUAUGCGACAAUUAUGUAAAGCUUGUAAUGCAAAAACAAACACACACGUAUAUGCAUUUUAAAGGAGCAACCUAAAGCAAAAUACAGACAUAUAUAUAAAGGAGGAACUAUAUAUAAUGAAUUAAUGUAUAAAACCCUAUAUAUUUGCUGUUUAUACACAAAUUUUCAUGUACUUGUAUCUUGUAUUGUUUAACUUAAAAUGAGCAGGCAACCGCCGGAGAAAAAUAUGAUACCAAAAAUAUGUGUGUGUUAAAGAAAGACCGUACAGUAUAUAGGAUAUAGAAGUCGUGAGGUAUAAGCUCAGCAGAAUUGCGAAAUCUCUCUAUAAAGGUAACGAUUAUUGUUAGAUCUAUAUUAUAUAUAUACAAGCAACCAGAACUAUAUGCGAAUGAACUAUUUUACACACCAGAGUUACGAACCAUGAAAUCGGCGCUGCUAUUUAACAGCCGCCCCACAUUGUCAACUGUUGACAGCUUUUAAGGCUUCUCCCCCACAGACACCCCCUAUAAAGAACAGACAGUUUCGCUUCUAAAUGCUCCCACUCGGAACCACCUGCUAAAGCUUCAAGCAUCAAGUUACGGAACAACCAAUUGUAGUUUUGAUAAGGACUCUUAAAUUAGUACGCAAUGGCCACCUGUACAUUUCCCAACUAAAAAUGAAACCGAAAUUAUGCUUUGCUUGCGAAAGAAUUACAAAUUUUAUUUGCAUUUUGCCUUCGGUUGGAGCACGAGCUUAGGUCAGGUUAAUGGAUCAAUUGGAGCUUCACUUGUGCGCAGAUCACAAGCCUCGAAGCUCCCCAAGUUGUUGAAGGGAUUGCUUUCGUUGGUGUCUGGAAAUGGACACGAAACGUUAAGCGAUCGUUGCUGGAUCGGAUAAUACGUAUUCUUUUAAGAAUCGUUUCGCAACUGAGUCGGCGUUUUGGGUUUUGAGUUGAUUGUAGCAAAAUGUAAACAUUUGUUAAACUAUUGAAUUAAUUUCGAAUUGUAACAUAUUAGAAAAUUGUAAUUACAAUAAUCAUUAUACGAGCAUAUUAUAUGAUACUUAUGUAAUAACCUUUUUUGGCCCAGUUUGAAUUUAACAACAAAGAAUUGCACACACCAAAAAAAUUUAGAGCUAUAUACUAGCUAAGCGAGUUAACGAGCAAGAAACUCAACUUAUAUAUGCGUAUAUGGUACAAUACAUUUCAAAAUCUAUUUAAAUAUGUACAUCGGCUAUAUAUCAAUGUAUGUAAGAGAUGAUUGCCUGGCAACCGUUUCAAAUGACAGAUUAAAGAACAGAGGGCAGAACCAAUGCGGAGCAAAUUAAGGGAAAUGAAAUUAAAACCUAUGCUAUGUGUAUGUAUAAUCCAAAACAAAUUGAUAUAUGCCAGGGCGUAUCACUAUUAAAGAAAUAUAAAAUAAAACGGCUUUAAAGAAAAUCUGUAAA